AUGGAGGCGCCUGCUAUUACAGUUACGGCCCCAUCUGGGCUCUCAUCUUUAUCUGGGGGCCUACCAGUCUGCUCACUCUGCCAUCGCCGAAAAGUUGGAUGCGAUCGUCAAUACCCAUGCAGCAACUGUGUAAAGCAGGGACUGAUUGAGGUCGUUCAGAUCGGCGCUUUCUGCAGACCAAGGUCUCCCCCUCCCCCUCGAAAGAAAAGAGGCCCAAAUCCCGACCUGUUGGCGAGACUCACCCAUUGUGAGAAGCUCCUUGCGGAAUGCGAAGCAGCUCACAAUCAACAACCGCCUCCUCCUCCUUCUUCUUCUACUUCUCAAGAGCCUAGUGUUGGUCCCAAACCAAUAGUACCAGGGAAGCUUGUGCUGGGAGAUGGAGUGGUUAACUUUACCGACAGCCCAAGGUGGGCUGCUCUCCACGAAGAGCUUGGAGCAAUGCGCGAGUUAGUCGACGUGGAUCACAGUAAAGUAUCACCACCAUCACCAGACGACAGCCUAGACGAUGGACUAUCACCCGAUUCCGAUACCGACCAUGAGUUUCGUUUUCUGCCCAGUCAAAUCUUUUAUCUCUGGAAAAUAUUCCUAAAUCGAGUUCACCCAGUCACCAAGAUCCUCCACGCGCCAUCCACACAACUCCACGUGGUUGAAGCUGCUUGCACAUCUGGCAGCGGUCUAUCAGAUACGACACAAGCCCUACUGUUUUCCAUCUACAACACCGCUUUGUUCACCCUUUCAAAUGACGAGUGCCUAGAGUAUCUGGGACGACAUAAAAAACAGGUUUCUCAGUCUUGUGCCAAGGCUCUGCGAGUGCGCCUUCGACAGACCAACUUUCUCAGAUCCGCCAGCUUAACAACGCUUCAGGCUCUGGCACUUUACUUGUUUUCUAUCCAAGGUCAUCAUGACACCCAUGCCACUUGGAUAUUCAGCGGCAUCUGUGUCCGCAUAGCACAAAAGAUGGGCCUCCACCGAGACGGCGAGGCUCUUGGACUUCCUCCGUUCGAGACUGAAAUCAGACGCCGGCUAUGGUGGCGGAUCUACAUGUUGGACGCCCGCUGUGGCCUCAAAUCAGGACUAGGACCAUCCAUGCUGCCCUCAAUUGGCGACUGCAAGAUGCCUUCAAACCUAAACGACUCAGAGCUGCAUCCCGACUCGACGACAUAUUUCCGGGACCGAGAUGGUCCCAGUGAGAUGGCCGUCUCUUUCUUGAUUUACAACAUGGGCAAGUUUCUUGCCGAAAGACCCAACGUCGAAGCCAGUGUGAUCCAACAUGAGAUCGACAUCACCAGCGCCCUCCCUCAAGCACCAGAUCGACUCGCCGAGUUACAAAGCCUGGGCAAGGAAGUCGAAGGCAAGCUCAGCCAUAUCGUGGACCGAUUUGCAGAUCCAUCGGAUCCAAAUGUCUACCAACUGGCAGGCCACGUCAAAUCCCAGAUACUCGGCAGAGUACAAAUAAUGGCCUCCAUGCCUCCAGGACAGCUAGGCAGCGUGACCUCUCAGCCUUUGAAACCGGCUGAAAAGCUGUUUCAAGUUGCUGUCAGGGUAUUCGAGCAGUCAGUCGGCGAGUACGAGGCAUGUGAAGGGAUUGGCUUCCUCUGGUAUAUCAAGAUGCACUUCCAGCUGGAUCUUUUUGCUUUCAUGGUCUCUCAGCUAUCUCGGCAGCCAGUGAGUGACAUGGUUGAAAAGGCGUGGGACCUAAUCUCCAAAGUCUACCAUUAUCACGACGAGUUGUUUGAUGCGUCAGAAAAGUCGAAUCUAGCCCUGGCUACUGCUAUCACGUCAGCGUGGGAAAAAAGGCAUGGGCCCAUUUUUGCCAGAUUGGUUCAUGAUGUUCAAGCGCCGGCCUACAUACAAAGACUUGGUACAAUGGUCGCUGUCGAUUCCGCUGCACUAACCAUGGCAUCUGUAACUCUAUCUGAUGUGGUUGGGGAUAAUCACACUGAACUUGCACCACCGUUGGACGAUUUUUCUUUGGCGUUCCUUGACCCUUCAGGUCCGGGUUUACAAUUUCCUGGAAUGUUUUGA